AUGAAGCAUUCACGAGUGCUGCUGUCAUUCUACUGGUGGAGAGCAUCCCUGCCCAUUGCAUUGUUCUAUGCGAUCUUCUCUCUGUCCUUGACGGUCAGCGCUGAGAACUGUGGAAAGCCAUUCUCGAUGCCGGUCACGAAUGUAGCUCUCAACAAUGGAAAUCACAUGCGAGGAGUCCAGAUCGCAAUUGGAUCAUCCGAACAACCCCUUGCUAUGAUACCAUCGACACUCACCAACAAUACGCUUAUCUAUGACAGCCAGGGGCAAUGCGACAAGAGCUUCACCCAGGCUAAAUGCUCAACGUACCGAGGCGGUAUGUUCGACACGAGUAACUCGACGACUUAUGAAGCUGUGUCAAGCAUGAGCGCGUCUGGAGCGGAUCCUUCUGACACGUAUGUCAAUGCUACCUCGGACCUCUGGUCUACUGAUACAUUUCAUUACACAUCCAACAUUUCUUCCGAAGUUGCGUUCGGCAUCCGACGUGCCAACACUGGCGGGGACUAUCUGACUCAGCACAUUCUGGGUCUUGGUGCAAACUCUACCUUGCUGAGUACACUCAAGAGAGAUGGUAUAGUCGCUUCUCGCUCCUGGUCUAUGUACUGGGGUAACUCUGGAGCGCCUGAGACGCAAAACGAUGGCGUCUUUGUCUUCGGGGGCUAUGACAAGACCAAAAUCACAGGGACGAACUAUUCGUUUCCUCUUACUUACGACAGUCACUGCCUCUCGGGAAUGGUUGUGUCACUAAGUGAUAUCUCGCUGACCUUUCCCAAUGGGACGAAAGCGGAUCUUUUUGAUUCUGCCUCGAACCUUCUGAGAGCAUGUAUCAUGCCGGACUACCCAGUUCUGAUGACACUUCCUCGCGAUCCAUAUUACCAGAAUCUACAACUUGCUGUGGGUAUAUCGAAUGUUCUUGAACAGCACUCUUUCGGUCUCAACUUUUAUGGCGAAACAUAUUCGUCCGACUACGAUCUUGACUUUGGUAUGAGUAUAUCGCUCCAGUCAGGUCCCUCGAUCUCCAUUGCAAAUUCACAGGUCGUGCAACCAGACGCAACCAUCCUCGCGAACGGCUCCAUCAACUAUAGCAGUACACUCAAUGAAGUCAACAUCAUCCCACUCCAAUCUCUGAAUGCAAACGACAUGGUCCAGCUUGGACGGCAGUUCCUGAGCGGCGCUUAUCUCUUGGUCAACGAAGACGCAGGUACAUUCACUCUUUGGCAAGCUACCGACAGUUCAGACGAAGAAUUGGUGGCGGUAGACGAGAAUGGCAAGGUCUUCAGCCCCGUGUGCGCGUCAACGAAACCGGACGACACUACAGUUACAUCGACAGGGUCCACAGAAUCAGCUUCCUCGUCUUCCUCAACAUCGCUUUCAUCAUCGCCAACAUCAUCCUCAAAGAACUCCACAUCCAGUAUCAUUGGCCCUGUAGUCGGUGGCGUUGCAGGAGUCGUGCUGCUGAUGGGUCUCGGUAUAUUUCUGUGGAUGCGAAAAAGCAAGAACAAAGCCGCCAAUACCACCAGCGAUAACACCAAUAUCCACGGUGCAGAUGAGAAGGCAAUACCACUUUCCAACUACACUGCUACAGAAAGAGACAGUUCGACGCACGAACUUUGGGGUAACCCACUCAACGAGAUGAGCGGACAUAUCACCCCAAAGGAAAAGACCAAACAUUCAACCUCUGUAUCGGGUGUGUACGAACUUGGAGACAGUCGUUGA